GAACAUUCUACCCACCUUUGGGGUUUCAGUCAGUUCAUGGAGCAUUCAUAAUCCUUUGCCAACAAAAAAUGGCAUCACUAGUCCCCAACAUCCCCCUCCCCUCGCUAUGGACCACUCCACUUACACACAGAAUGGCAGAAUUGGUGGACCAAAGUUGCUGUGCCGUGGAAACAUGCCUGAACUACUUGGCGAGCCUCCGCCCAACGGAUAUACGACAGACCCUUGACUAUCUCGGCGUGCACCACUCCGAGGUGCUGUUCGGACUGCUAGCGUUCGUCAUGUUUCAGUUCACCAAGUUUACAGCUAUCCUCCUCCUUGCUGUCUUUUUGGCUUACUGCAUUUUCUACUGGUGGGAUACAUUCUUCCCGGGACUGAGCCAACGCGAGUCUGGGUUCUCGCGGCGGGAUGAAUACUUACCCGGAGGUGCCAGCUACCUUGCCUCCUUUCCCGAUACGACGGAAAAAGCUGAGUAUCGCGAUGAGCUAACAAAUGCCAGGCUGCCGCCAUUCUACGGCACACCGAGUGCUGACCCCAGUCCGGUGAAUUCUAAUUAUGGGCCAAACCAAGCCCAACGAGGCUCGAAAUCUCUGCCACAUCAAACCAUGCGAAAUAAUGAAGCUCAAACCGUAUCGACGGCCUCUAGUGGAGCAAGCACAACAGAUCCAGGAGCUCAGAAAAAGAAGAUGCUGGUUCCCAUGCUCCCGCAGAACAAAUUGGUGGGCAGCAGCAGACCAAUGCGUGAAUGGAGUAGUGGAAUGUCGUCAAAGAGAGAGUCCCGAAAAAUGCCCGAGCAAGAAAUCCGAAAAUCACUAGCUCCGCCUAUGGAGAAUAUCCGUAGAACACCCAUAGCACCAAUAGAGAAUACCCGAAAGUCGCCAAAUACGCCCAGUGAGAAAUCUGCCACUCCGACGUCAGAUACUUUGCGAAAAUCGUCCACUCCUCCCUCAGAGAAUUCCAGGAAAUCGUCCACUCCACCCUCUGAAAACACACAAAGAAUGUCUACUCCCACCACGGAGAAUACCCGAAACUUGUCAUUACACAAACCCGAAAGGGUGUCCGAUGGGGCCAUAUCAACGCCUGUUUUCAACUAUAACGGAUCGACCCCCCGGGCAACCCUGGAAUCUUCGAACAGAAAUCGACAUUCGUCCAAUCGAGCUGACGAACAGCUCAACAGACGAUCUCAGUAUCCCUACCAUGAUCAUGACCAAGCCAGGCGACCGCUACUCGCAGCAGGUGUCGGAGAGUUCAGAUCCCGACGGAUUUCGGAUGACCCCGCGCAGUUGCGACGCCGCCCGGGAUCCCUUGAGGAGCAGCGUCACCGAAGGCCCCCACACCUCAGCUCUCAUGAUGAGGGAAGAGCGGGGAAGCAACGACGACCUACAAACAACAGACCCGCCGUCACGCGUCGACAAUUUCCUGAUGAAGCCAUCGAGCGCCUGAGGACCGAUUACCGCGAGUUUCCGACUCGGAAGAUCCAGGCACCAAUCCCUUCCGAAGGGGCCUAUUAUAGCAAGCUCCACAACCUACUCCCAAUUAAUCGCAACAAUUCCGAUAGACGGGAUCAGAGUCUAGCCCCCAGUAAUCGCAAUAAUUUGGAAAGACGUGAUCUAUCAAAAAAUUCGAGAAAUAACAACUUGAGUCCCGAUUCAGGUAAUCGAAAUAGAGAUAACCGCCCUAACCCUCCCAAGCUAUAGCUUGAUCAGAGUUAACAAUCAGUCACCUGUCGGAAUGGAUUGUACCCGAUAUGAGCUCUUACAAAGGCCGUGAGGGAGCGCUCUGCGACUGCCCCAGAGGUAUGCAAGAAGAGGACCAAGGUGAAGCCUAUCCGUAUGUCAUAGAGCCUGUACAAGACAGCAGCACCGAAGCAACAGGAAAAAGCGAUAAAAAUAAGGUUCCUGAAGGUGCAAAAAUGACCAUGGGCGAGGGGGAACGGGCACAAUCAUAAAGCGAAAUUUCUUUACAAUCCGUUUGUUGUGGAACUUUUCGAGCCAACAAAAAAGUAUGGGCUGAAUGAAGAUCCAUAGCUGGAGAAAACCAAAAUUUCACCCCAUACAUAUUUUAUAGAAACAAUGUCUAAAUUAUAAAUGAAAUAAAUAUU